UUGAUUCUCAAGAAGAAGAAAAAAGGAAAGACAACUUUGGCAGAGUCUGAAAAUGGAAACAAGCGAUAGAAUCAGCUCUGGAGUGACUGUGAUGGGAGUAGAAGCUCCAUCUACGUUUCAUAUGGCCCCCAGACUAUCUGAGAGCCCUAACCAAUUCAUUGGGUCAUCUCUUUCUCCAAUGGGAGCUCCAAUGGCUAGUGUGGGUUCAGGGGAACCCUUGGAGAAGAAGAAGAGAGGCAGACCUCGUAAAUAUGAAGCUAAUGGAGCAACUAAUUUGCCCGUGCAAAUUUCUUCAUCUGCUCCUCUUGUGAUGAAGAAACGUGGAAGAGGCAAGCUUAAUGGUUUAGAUAUGAAGAUGCAUAAGAGGAUAGGAUUCCAUACAUCUGGUGAAAGGUUUGGGGGUGGUGUUGGAUCAAAUUUCACGCCACAUAUAAUCACAGUAAAUGCUGGUGAGGAUAUUAACAUGAGAGUCAUCUCGUUUUCGCAACAAGGACCACGAGCUAUUUGUAUUUUAUCAGCUAAUGGAGUGAUUUCAAACGUCACUCUUCGCCACCCCGAUUCCUGCGGUGGUACUCUUACCUACGAGGGUCGGUUUGAGAUAUUGUCGCUGUCUGGUACUUUUACGGAAACAGAGAAUCAAGGUUCAAGAGGUAGGUCUGGUGGCAUGAGUGUCUCUUUGGCGGGUCCUGAUGGUCGUGUUGUUGGUGGCGGCGUGGCUGGCCUGCUCAUUGCAGCCACUCCUAUUCAGGUUGUUGUUGGCAGUUUUGUAACGGGUGAUCAGCAAGAACAUAAGAAGCCACCAAGGAAGCAACGAGUCGAACAUACUACCUCAUCAACGGUCAUGGCAUUGCCUCCACCCCCUCCUCCUCCGGCUUCCGUCUUCUCAUCGUCAAACACAGAUAGGGAGCAGCCACUGCCAUCUUCAUUCGACAUUUCCAGCUGGACCAACGGACAUGACAACCCGAGAAGCUCAGACACUGACAUCAACGUAUCUUUACCUGCCCACUGAGUUUCCCGACCUGCUCAAGGGUCGAAGAUUAUGCUUUCGGACUAACUAUGUGUGCCGUCCGAACAAUCUUUUAGAUGGGAUUGUUGAAGCUGAAUUAUACUAUACUUUCUUUUCUUGUAUGCCAAUUUUAUCAUCGGUCCUUUAGAAAACAACAUGAGCUGAG